UGGAGGGUUACUACGGCACCACCGCAAUGAUUAAGCUUUUCGGACCUAAAAAGAGGGGAGGGGUGGUCUCAGAGCUGCCGGAGACGCCGGAAAGCUGGAGCGCCAGGGUUCCUGUACUCCCCUCAUAGCAAAACGGUAAAACGGAAAUCCUGUUCCAGCGGAGCCAGCAGUCCGGGUGGAAGCGGUGUCCCUGAGGCUACACUCUGGGCAGCAAAGGGAGCAUCCUCGCCUGGUAAGAGGGAGAAGAGAAACUUGCCGCGUACCUCCCGUGGUGCUAAAGACUGGAGCCCACCAGCUGCGCUGCAGAAACUGCUAAUACCUCGGAGCAGCGGGAACGUUCAUUUAUUUUCUUACCAGACUUUUGUCUUAAACAUGGGCAAACACACCGCCUUCAGAGUUGUGUUUACCUGGUCCACAAGGGCGCCUUUUGCUUGAAGAUAUGUUUGAUGCUUCCAGUAUCUGAAUUCUGAUAGCUGCUUGGCAUAAUAUUUAAAGAAAACUGUUAAUUUGCUUUCUCCUUGAUUGGGCCGGAAAUACUAUUUUUUGUCUUUCGGAUGUUGAUGUUGACUAUGCCUUUUUAGCAUAUUGAAAUGGCUGUACCGAAAGACGGCAUCCCUUCCUUGUCGGAAUGCCAGUGCGGGAUCUGCAUGGAAAUUCUGAUUGAGCCCGUAACACUGCCUUGUAAGCACACAGUCUGUAAUGCAUGCUUCCAGUUGACUGUGGAAAAGGCGAAUUUAUGCUGUCCCUUCUGUCGUCGCCGGGUCUCUUCGUGGACCCGGUACCAUACCCGAAGAAAUUCUCUCAUCAAUAAGGAACUGUGGGAGAUAAUUAAAAAGCACUAUCCAAAGGAAUGCAAGCUUAGAGCCUCUGGGCAAGGAUCAGAAAAAAUCGUUGACGACUCUCGGCCAGUUCAUCUGUUAAGUAAACCCGGGGAAUUGAGAAGAGAAUACGAAGAGGAGAAAAGCAAGGUGGAGGCAGAGCGACGAGCCAAUGAGGAAGAAGAAAACAAAGCCAGUGAAGAAUACAUACAGAAAUUAUUGGCAGAGGAGGAAGAAGAAGAAGAAAGACAGGCAGAAAAAAGGAGAAGAGAGAUGGAAGAACAGUUGAAAAGUGAUGAAGAACUGGCAAGAAAACUAAGCAUUGAUAUUAACAAUUUCUGUGAGGGAAAAGUCUUGGCUUCUCCGAUGAAUUCCAGAAAAUCGGAUCCAGUCACAAGCAAGUUGCAAAAGAAAGGUAAAAGACAAACAAAUACUGGAGAUAUUCAGAAGUAUUUGUCACCUAAACCUCCAUUUGGGUCAGCAUCACAGUCUGAAGUUGUACAAGAAGACAAGAAAAACUCCAUGUCUAAGGAAACUGACAGUAGUGAUGUAAAAAGCCCUAAGUGGCAAGAAAUUGAGGAAGAUAUGCCAACACUUUCUCCGCAAUUAUGCCUUGAAAUUCAAGAACAAGAUAUAAAGUCUUCAAUAGAGUCACCUAUGCCUCAGUUAUGUGCCAAUGGUACAGAAUGGUGCGUUGAAGGAGAAGUCAAAAUGAGACCAAGCAAUCAUGAUAAAGAAUUGUGUGUCACAAAUCACGAGGGACCUGAGGCCAGAGUUCCCUACUCUAGAGAAGCUGCAGUUAAGCCUUGUGGCAAAACAGAGAAUGGAUGUACUUUAUCAGAUAUGACACAAAUAAUUGGAAAUAACACAGUCGAGACAGAAAAUGAAGAGUCUCGCCUACUGAUCGAUAAGGAAGAUAUUUCCAAAAGAAAAAACCAAGAGUCUUUGUUUGAAGCAGUCAGGGAUCCAUGCUUUUCUGCAAAAAGAAGGAAAAUGUUCCCCUCAUCUUCCUCAGAGCAAGAAGAAACAGAAAUCAGCUUUACCCAAAAACUGUUAGAUUUGGAACAUCUAUUUUUUGAGAGACAUAAACAAGAAGAACAGGACAGGUUAUUAGCAUUACAAAUUCAAAAAGAAGUGGAUAGAGAACAAAUGAAGCCAAACAGGCAAAAAGGAUCCCCAGAUGAGUAUCAGUUACGUACCACGCCCUCACCGCCAGAUAAAUUGCUAAAUGGGAAGAGGAAUAAUUCCAAAGAUAGGAACUUAAAAGGACAAACUGAUGUAGAGCAUUCAAAACCUCAAAGAGGCCCAAAAAAUGAACCUUGGCAACCUCCUUCUUUUAAGAUCCAGUUGAAACAUUCAGUUAAUGUUAAUGGAAGAAAGAUGCCAAAUUCUGCUAGAGAGCAUUGUAAUGUAUCUAAAAGUGCUCAUUCCCUACAGCCUAGUAAGUCGCAGAAAAGUAUUUUCCAGAUGUUUCAGAGAUACACAGAGUAAUGCAUGAGUGGAGGGGAUAUUUUAAAAUCUAUAUAAAGCUGGAUUGUGAUGCUCUUACUAUUACAGAAUGUGUAUAAUUUUUUUUUAUUCUGCUCUGUGGGCACACUCAUUGUCUAUAAUUGAAGGACUGUGCAAUUACGAGGGAGGAGUGUAUAAAUGUACUUCUGCCAAAGUCACUGAUAAACCAGAGUCCUGAUUCUUUAUUAAUAACUGAUGUGCAAAGUUGGACAGUCUUUAUAGAUAAUAGAUGCAAAAAUCCCUGGGCCAGUUCCCAAGAAAUCCUCGAGUGCCAUUCUCUUUCCAAAAAAAUGUGUGUUUUAUGCCCUUGCUCACAUUUUUUACCUGAGUAUAAUCUUGCUUUGAUUAUACCAAGUAGUUAAGGAAUCAGGUUUAAAAUCUGUUGUUUUGCUAUUUUGCCUUGUAUUUGUAGAUCACUUGAAAUGUAUCUUCUAUAACACUAAAGUAAUCUGAUUUUUAUCUUUUUAAUUACUUUAAGCAUUAUAGCAUUUUAUUUAAAAUGGAUUAGCAUCACAUGAAAUCAGUGUUUUCUGGAAAAUUAGAAUUGAGCGAGAGGAAAUUAAAGGAGUUUAGACUAGAGGGGAGGCUGAGUUAGAGCAAACUGAUAACUGGGAAGGACUGGAACUGAGUGGGUGAUCAGAGACUGGGUCCAGGGUGGAACAGCGGCUACAGUUGGGCAUAGUUGGGCAGAGCAUCCUCCCUCCCUCGUUCUUUGCUAAAUGACACAGAAAACGUUGGGGUUUUACGGCUUGUCACACCAUAGUAACUGGUGUCAAAAUCAAAAUUAGGUAUUAAAUAACCUGAAAUUUUGGAAAUUAACAUUUCUAUUAGUCUUCUAUUCCAGAAAAAAAAUAUGGGAAUUUACUAUAGGGAAGUUAAAUCACAAUAUACUAUGUCGUGGG